CUGCGAGAGAGAAAGAGAGAGCGAGAACGAAAGCGUAACUCCAUGUGAGACAGAGGGGGAGGUGAACGCAAGGAGGACCUGAAAAGGGGCUGAACAAACUAACCAUCACAUACACACCGAAGCACUUGGGAGUACAGGAAGUAGCAGUCGAGAAGAAGAUCACUGGCUCCUUGUACUCUGGCAGUAGUGGAUGUUCAACCAGUGGCCUUUCAUUUCACCUACACAACUAGAGGUUAAGACAUUAAGCCCUGUCUGGAUAUACCACAUACUUGUCCGAGGAGCCUCUUUGGACCUAAUCUGAAACACGCAAGAAAACUAUAUGUCUGCUCUUGACGGUGGGUUGGAGAUCAAGUCACUUGGUGAUAAAACAUUUGGAUUAAGCACAAUAAAGCUUUGGCAAAAAAAGUUCAGCGAUUACAAUAGCUGCAGUCAAAACGUUUGGACGACCUUUCGGCUGAAUGUGUUUUUUCAUGUGCUAAUGAAACGGCAGGAAAGCACCAAGCACUGCCCUUCAUCUUGACAUUGUUGAAACGUUUUGAAAAGCAAGGGCUGCGCGUGCCUUUAAAGUAACAGGGAGAUUGCGAUAAACUCGGGGGACAUGUUUUGGUGACUCUGACUCGAAAAAGAAAGACAAAUAUCUGGAUAAGAGAUCGAAAACAGACGCAAAUAGAACAGAGUCCUUCAGCCGUUGCUGCAUUUGCAAAAGAGCAUAUCCCAGUUGUGAAAUUUUCUUGGCACUUUUCCAUGGGAACUGAUCCAGGGUACAUCGAGAAGUACCUCCAGGGAGGUCUUGUUAGAGUUUGAAUAAUAUUGUGCAGAUUGAAAGCAAAAGUACAUUUCUCAGCUCAUCUCUGGGCGGUAGCGCGCCUACUCCAAAGGAUUAGCGUGAAGAAAACGUCCAGCAAAAUGUAGAGCUUUGAUCCUGCUUUUGAUCCUUGAUUCUUCGCAAGUCGGGAGGCACAAAACAGUCAGGGGAUCCUGAAACCACCUCUUACAAGCCAAACGUACGCCCCAGCUGACAAAAAGAAAGCUUUUGUCACACCCAGGCAAGCGUGCCGGCUAAAAGGGGGAUCAGCGAAAGAAGAGAGUCUCUUAGGCAAGGACCAAGUGAAGCGGGCUGGGAUGGAGUGCAAGCAUGAGCCUGCUAGAAGAGGGGACAGCUGGGGUGGGCCUACCACUACAACAUACUCCACCCUCAACAAAACAACUAACAUCUUGGAGAAAGAUGACCACUGCAAGGUCAAAGUACAGCCAGGCAUGACAUCUUGCCAGAUAGAGCGGAAAACAAACCUCAGCAGAAGUGCCAGUUUGUCUGAGAAGGAGCUGAAGGAGGCACGGACCAAGAGUCAGAUCAUUGCGGCUCAACUCCAGGCCAAUUCCAACUCCAAAGGCGUCCAACUUUUCAACCGACGCAGACAGAGAGUGAACGCUUUCACUCUCGUAAGUGUCGGAGGAGGGGGAGAGGAGGCAUCUAAGAAUGUAAUUGAUUCAUCUUUUAAAAGUCCACGGACAUGGGACAAACAGUGCUCGACUGAGGCCCAGGACAAGGAGUUGAAUCACAGGAACCUCAAAACAGGUCUCACGUGGUCGGCCGGCAGAAUCCGCAGUACUGGCAGCGACAUGGAAGAUGCUAGCGAGGUUACGCGGGAGGAAGAAAGCGUCCAGGAAAGACACUUUCUCCCUGUAAACGAGAAGGAUGAGGAACUCUCAGAAGACCUCACAGAGCAUGUGAAGGAUGAGGUUACUCUUAGAAGUGAUAAUAACCCUGCACGUUUGGAUAGAAAUGGUCAAGAUGAAGCUGAAGCCAAAGGAGCACACAAUAAAGACAUCUCAAAUGGAUACAGUGCGCAAUGCAAUGGAAAAACAGAUAAGAUGGUGGCUAAACAGCCCGCCACCAUGAACAGAACAGCUCGCCCAUUUUUCUCCCCAACAACAGUCGGAGCCUCUGAAGCUACAAGUCCAGUAAUAGAGAUUCCUCCGGCCCCAUCUUAUGAGCCUUCAACUUACCCAGUGCACACAAGACCUGUUUUCUCUCCACCACCUCCUCCACCUGCAUACCCAACUCCUCCUCUCCCCAGCUACUCCAGCCCUCCUCCACCUAACACAGGGCAUGCUCCCUCACCUCAGCCUUCUUCUUCCUUCUACGUCCGCCCAUUUGCCCCAAGGCCUACAUUUGUCCCUGAGCUCUUGAGUGAGAAGAGAUCUGUAACUCCCAUCCGAACAGGCAUCCUCGAAGAGGGCCGGAGUCGCCGAGCAACCCGCAAGUCGAUGUUCACGUUUCAGGAGAAGCCAAAAGUAGCUCCGAAUCCCGAACUACUAUCUAUGGUGCAGUGUGCAGAUGAAAAGAAGAAAAAACCCCAGCCAGAUGCUGGACAAGAGGAGGAGCUGCUGGCUCUCGGGGCUGAAGCCUCAAACUUCCUGGCCAAGGACGAGGACGUUCACGAGGAAGCUGCGGUGCCAGAGUGGGCCUCGAGUUUGAAAAGCUCCAGGACGCGUGCCAGGAUAGAGCACAAGCCUGAGCAAGCCCUGACCGAUGCUUCAGGAAAAGGAGCUGAGCUGUUUGCCAAACGCCAGUCGAGGAUGGAAAGGUACGUCCACGACAGCAAGGAUCCGAGAUCACCCUCUCCAACCAUGUCCUUGCCGCCUUCGUGGGUGUAUCCAUCCAACAUGCCCGGUCGAGUGAAAGCCAUAGUCAGCUCCUCCAAUAUAAGUGCAGAAAUUUCAAAGUCCCUUCAAGCUCAGAAGGCAACUCAGAAAAAGACUGUCCCUGCCAAAGUGCCAGCACCUGCUCCGGCUCCACCUCCAGAAAUGCCCUUGGAGAACGGCUGCACUAAAAUCGAAAUGGAGCUGUCCAAACAUCAGCCAUACCAGCUUAACUCAUCCCUCUUCAUCUUCAACCCAACGAAAGAUCCCUACAGCACUCUUCCCAGAGCCGCCCCUGCUCCUAAACAUGUUCACUCAAUCCCCAGACAAUCGUCCCUUCCAACAAGCCCAUUGCCAUCGCCUUACAGCCCAUCCGCCACCUAUCGAUCAGCCCAUUGCUUUUCGCCUCCUAUGACGCCUCUCAGUCCCAUCACAGCAGGCAGCGUCAGCUCCCCAGUGUCGCCUUUUGCUCCAGAACGUGUGGCUUCACCUCGCUCUGGCGUCCAAGCACCACGUCCCACGUUCUCUACCAAAAAAGCUGGUAUCAACCCACAGAUUAAGGAGGAGACCCCGGCACCAAUCAAUAGCCCCGGCUCCACCACUCCAACCUCCAGGACGCCCAACCUCACUAGACGCUUCACCAGCCCUGAGGUGCUUUCCAGCGCUGUCUGGUCACCGAGCAGCCCUCGAGUGACCUCUACAUCAUCCAGCCCGAUCUACAAGCCCACACCAAUCUCCCCCUCACCCCGAUCCAUCCACAAACCUGUCACAACAUGCCCUUCCCCAGGCCCUAUCCACAAGCCCAUUGCAACCACUGCAUCGCCAGGUACCAUCUUCAAGCCGACCGCCACCUCUCCUGUGUCUCCACCCUGGGAAACCAGGUGCCAGUCUCCGGCCGUCAACCAGGACACCAAAGCCAACCACCGCAUUUUGGCCAAAAACAUCAUCAAUGCCGCAAAGCGGAAAAACAGUCCGUCUCCCGGGGCGCUGGGCAGCCGGAGUCUACCCAUGUCCCCGGUGAGCGCAGGGAUCGUGCCUUAUGAACACAAGCCUGUCAGUCCAUUUCAGCCACGGAUGCUGGGGGCUCAAUCGCCUACUCUUACCAGUCCCUCUCCCACCCGGAUGAUCCACUCUCCGGUGCGUUUGUACAACACCCGCUCGCUGACCGACUCGGACGCCUCGGUGGAGUCUGAGGAUUCGGGUCUGCGCUCUCCUGGAGCGCGCACCUACAACACCUGCCCCCGUGGCUGGUCCAGCGGUCUGCAGGUGAAGAGAGGAGGCAUGCCUGAAGAUCUGUAGGAAGCACUUAGGAAUGAUUUAUACUUGCCUGAUUUCUAUGUAGACCAAAGUGUCCCGUAAAGGGAUAGAUCACCCAAAAAUGAAAAUUCUGUCAUUAAUUACUCACCCUCAUGUCAUUCCAAACCCGUAAAAUCUUCGUUCAUCUUUGGAACACAAAGAUAUUUUUGAUGAAAUCUGAGAGCUUUCUGACCCUGCAUAGACAGCAACAUAACCAACACGUUCAAGGCCCAGAAAGGUAGUAAGGACAUUUGUAGUUCAACCGUAAUUUUAUAAAGCUACGAGAAUAAAUUUUGUGUGCAAAGCUUCAUUUCUGGGCUGUGAACGUGACAAUUGCAUAACUUGCGAUGCUGUCUAUCCAGGGUCAAAAAGCUCUCGGAUUUCAUCAAAAAUAUCCUAAUUUGUGUUCCAAAGACGAAUGAGUGUCUUGCAGGUCUGGAAUGACAUGAGGGUGAGUCAUUAAUGACAGAAUUUUCAUUUUUGGGUGAACUAUCCCUUUAAAUAUUGAAUGUAAAGCAUUGUGGAUUUUGCAGUACAUUGCAUACAGUAUGUUGACUGUUGAUGGAAUGUUAAAGAAAUACAUUAUCGUUCAAAAGUUUGGGUUAGUAAGAUUUUAAAUUUUCAAUAAGAAAUUUAUUUAGCAAUGACGGAUUAAGAUUAAGAUGUUUAGAAGAGACAAAAGAGCUUUAUUGUUACAAAUACUCAAAUAAAUGCUGUUUUCUGGAGCUUUCUUUUCAUCAAAGAAUUCUAAAAAAUGUAUCACGGUUAACAGAAAAAUAUUAAGCAGCACAGCUGUUUUUUUUUAAUGGAUAAGAAAUGUUUUAAGCAUCAAAUUAGUAUAUUAACCUUUUAACUGUCAAGUUUACUUCACUAUAUUACAAAUAAAUCCUAAUUUAAUCAUGACAAACUAUAUAUCGUUGGAAAGGUCUAAAACUCCUAAAUUUAUUUUGCCAUGGUUUGUUGUUACAAAGUACGUAGGAACAGUAAUAGAUUAAUUUAUGACAAGAGUGCACCUCAAAAAUCUACAUCAUAACUACAUCGUUCUGACCUUUGUCACAAAAAGUAUUUUCGUUGCCUUUUUCCUUAUCAUGUUUUAGAAAUCAUCAGAAAGUAUAAAUUAUUUGAAAGCUUAAAACCUCAAAAUGCAUCCUCAUUCAUAAUUUAUAACAAUUUAAGUUUGGAUAGUGCACUUUCACAUUUAUGUUCAAAAAUAAGGGUAAAAGGAUUUAAAUGAUUUCUGAAGGAUCAAGUGACAAUGAAAAGACUGGAGUAAUGAUGCUGAAAAUUCAGCUAUGCCAUCACAGAAGUAAAUUGCAUUUUAAAAUAUAUUAAAUAAAAAAAAAUAGUUAUUUAAAAUUGUAAAAAUGUUUCAGAAUAUUUCUGUAUUUAUCAUAUUUUUUUGCUAAAUUAAAAUCUAACUAACCCAAAUGUUUGAACGCUACUGUAGUUGAACAUUAAAAGAAUGAAAAAUGAAAAUCCUGUCAUUGUUUAUGCACCUUACAAAUUGGUAUGCCUGACUUUCUUUCAUUCAACACAAACUGAAGUGAAUGUUCACAUCAAGGCCGAUGUUGAAAUACGACUAAUUUGUGACUAUGUUGUGGUUGGAGCCUGACAGCAUCUGUUCCUAUUCACUUUCACUUUCUUGUGUGUUCUGUGGAAGAAAGAUUUUAUCAA